AUGCCGUCUGAGGCUCGCUCGUCUUGCCGCACAGCCACUGUACAAUGCCGUCUCCUACACAUGGGGACCGCGUCCAGCCAACAAGACGAUACUUGUCAACGGUCUCGAGUUCCAGGUGAGACGGAAUUUACAUGA